AAUCACCUUCUUCGUUUCAUCCUCUGAUUCUCCCCCUGCUGGUCUGCUCUGCUCCCAUCCCAUGGAGCCCGACGCCGCCCAAAACCCUAGCCCCAGCCCCGUCCCCCCGCCCAUCUCCGCCUACUACCAGACGCGCGCCGAACACCACGCCGUCGUAACUAGCGACUGGCUCGCCCACGCCGCCGCCGCAGCCGCAGCCUUCCCCGGCGCCGAUACCGCCGAUGCCGCCCCGCCCCCGUCCCCCGGGGGCGGCGGCGUGAUCGAGGAGUUCAACUUCUGGCGCCGCAAGCCCGAGGCCGCCGAGGCGGUGGCCGCCAUCAUGGCUCUCGCCGCCGUCAUCCGCUCCAGCAGGGCCACCACCAUGAUGGAGCUCGAGAUCGAGCUCAAGAAGGCAUCUGACAAGCUCAAGUCCUGGGAUGCUACAUCCAUUUCUCUUUCUGCUGCUUGUGAUUUGUUCAUGCGGUUUGUAACGAGGACCUCACAUCUGGAGCAUGAGAAGUUUGAUGCAGCAAAAUCGCGGCUAAUUGAGCGAGGAGAAAAAUUUGGGGAGAUAUCUUUAAAGGCUCGCAAGACAAUUGCAAUGCUUAGUCAGGAUUUUAUUUAUGAUGGGUGUACUAUACUUGUCCAUGGGUAUUCCAGAGUAGUACUGGAAGUUCUAAAGCUUGCUGCAUCCAAUCGCAAGCUCUUCCGGGUACUAUGCACAGAGGGCAGGCCAGACAGAACUGGUUUAAGGAUGUCAAAUGAACUUGCAGCAUUAGGGAUCCCUGUUAAGGUUCUAAUUGAUUCAGCUGUUGCUUAUUCCAUUGAUGAAGUUGACAUGGUUUUUGUUGGCGCUGAUGGGGUUGUUGAGAGCGGAGGAAUAAUCAAUAUGAUGGGCACUUAUCAGAUAGCUCUUGUGGCUCAUACUAUGGACAAACCUGUUUAUGUGGCAGCUGAAAGCUACAAGUUUGCUCGGCUAUAUCCCUUGGAUCAAAAGGACAUGACGCCAGCUCACCGACCAAUAGAUUUUGGAGUCCCAAUACCCAUUGGUGUGGAAGUGGAGACAUCUGCAAGAGACUACACACCUCCCCAAUAUCUCACACUCCUCCUGACCGACCUUGGUGUUCUGACGCCGUCUGUUGUUAGUGAUGAGCUCAUCCAACUGUAUCUAUGAUCUUUGCGGCAGGCGCCGUUGUUUCAUUGGCAUGUAACAUCUACAGUUGAGUCCAGGGUUUGCCCUAUCAGUUUUGACUAUGAUGUAUGCUUGACUUUGUGGUGCUGAUGCGAUGUAGAAGAAUUUCUCGGAACGAUUAUGCUGAGAGAAAUCAACAGUUUGUAAGAGCUUAAAGUA